AUGGGCAGGCCACGAAAGCCUUUCAUCGACAAGAAGAAUUCCACGACGUAUAAUCUCAUUCAUAGAAAUACAGAUGCUGGCGAAGUGGUGGAUGCUUCUGGUCGCGUGUUCGUGGACGCCGGCAAGGGAGUGGGACUGGGCCGGGUGGACGAGGAGGCUGCAGCUGCAGCGCGCGCAGCCUCUGGAACUGCGAACAGGAGAUACCCCCCGGGACACCCCCUUGCCUGGCUGGAGGCCGAGGAGAGCGGCCCCUCCAGCUCCCUCACCCCUGCGCGGCGUCGCGAGCUGAUCGAGCUGGGCUUCCCAGAUGACGGCUACGACUACCUGGCCCACCUGAGGGCGCUGGGCGGCGGCAGCAACGCCUUGGAGGGACCCGACAGGAGCGAGCUGGCCGCGGCGGUCGGGCCCGGGGUCUUCGUCCCAGCGCAAAAGCCCCUGGCCCCCGCCGCCGACGUGGCGCUGUACGAUGCGCACGCCCUGGCGCUGCCGGGCGGGGCGGUGAAGGAGGAGGAAGAGGAGGCCGAGGGGGCCAUGGGCGGCGUGACCGCCUUCACGCGCCGGCGCGAGCGCGCCCCCGCUGCCAUAGAUCAGGAGGAGCUCGCCGAGCUGGAUGCCAUGCUGGCGCAAGCAGAGGCGGAGGCGGAGGCGGAGGAGAUCGGGGAGGAAGGCCUGGGAGACCUGCUGGAUGACUUCAUCCUCACGGCAGUCGGGCGGCAUGAGGAAGGCACGGGCGCUGACGAGGCCGACGAGGGCCACUCCUGGAAGGGGAAGGAGUCAUCUGCCUCGGAGGUUUCCUCCGCGCCAAGUGACAGUGAGUCCGAGGACGAGGACUUUGAGUCUGAGGCCGGCGACGGUCUGGGGGAGCUGAGGGGCGAGGGCUCCGUCCAGUCUCGGUGGCCAGGCCGGACGGCGCCCAAGGCGGGCAGCAUCGCCUCCACCUACUGGCGGGAGGAGCGCCAGGAUCGGAGGGGGGAGCUGACCACCCUGGACGACAGGUUUGAGCAUGUGGCGCUGGAGUACGACGAGGACGAGAUCGGGGAUCUGUCAGACCACGGGUCCGACCUGGAGGGGGACACUGCGCCAGAGGAGCUGGCGCCGCAGCUGGCCUUCCUGCUCACCAUCGACGAGCGGGACAAGGCCGCGCGCCUGCGUGGAGAGGGCCAAGCGACCCGCCCCUCGGCGCUGGCCGCACAGCUGGAGAGGUUCGGCAUGACCGACGACGACCACGAGGCCGCCGUUCGUAAGGCCAAGGAUUUGGUGCAAUGGGCCGAGGCGGAGGAGGGGCCAGACACCAGCGUCCCCCGACCGCACGGCAGCAUCUACGUCCCGGCGGAGCACCACGAGCGCGAGCGCUGGGACGCCGAGACCCUCAAGGGCCUCUUCAAGGAGGAGCGGGGCAAGGCGGCCAGGCGCUCGGCCACGGCGCAGCCCCAGGCUGCCCUGCACAUGCCCUGA